CGACUUCGGCUCGUGCCAGGCCGCCCGCCGCGGAGACGGCUUCGGGCCUGACGCCCGACCCCGCGCCAUGCCGAGGGAGAGGAGGGAGAGGGCUGCGAAGGAACUGGACACCAUGAAAGAGGAAAGCUGCACUGAUGUCUCUGUUCGCUCCAGGAAAAGAAAGGCAAAUGUGGCCGUUUUUUUGCAGGAUCCGGAUGAAGAAAUUGCCAAAAUUGACCAGACUGUGAGAAGCCAGUGUGGCAAUCAGCCUUGGGUCAAUAAUACAGUCUGUGAAAACCCCUGCUCCUUGAUUCCCACACCUGACAAAGAAGAGGAUGAGCUGGUAUACCCAAGCUCUGCAUAUGACCCUCAGAGUUUCGCACCAUCCAGAGCCUCGCCACUGCCUGUACUGAACUGGGCAAAUAGAGAGGAGGUUUGGAAAAUCAUGUUAAACAAGGAAAAAACGUACUUAAGGGAUAAGCACUUUAUGCAGCGGCACCCCCUUCUGCAGCCUAAAAUGAGAACAAUUCUCCUGGAUUGGUUAAUGGAGGUAUGUGAAGUAUAUAAACUUCACAGAGAGACAUUUUACUUGGCACAGGACUUCUUUGAUCGGUAUAUGGCAACACAACAAAAUGUUGUAAAAACACUUCUACAGCUUAUUGGAAUUUCAUCUUUAUUUAUUGCUGCCAAACUUGAGGAAAUCUAUCCUCCAAAGUUGCACCAGUUUGCUUAUGUUACCGACGGUGCUUGUUCAGGAGAUCAAAUUCUUAACAUGGAAUUAAUCAUUAUGAAGGCUCUUAAGUGGCGUUUAAGUCCCCUGACCAUUGUGUCCUGGCUGAAUGUAUACAUGCAGGUUGCAUAUCUAAAUGAUGUCUGUGAAGUGCUAUUGCCACAGUAUCCCCAGCAAAUCUUCAUACAGAUUGCAGAGCUUUUAGAUCUCUGUGUCCUGGAUGUUGGCUGCUUAGAAUUUUCCUAUGGUGUACUUGCUGCUUCUGCCUUGUAUCAUUUCUCUUCAUCUGAAUUGAUGCAAAAGGUUUCAGGGUAUCAGUGGUGUGAUAUAGAGAAGUGUGUCAAGUGGAUGGUGCCAUUUGCCAUGGUUAUAAGAGAGACAGGAAGUUCAAAACUUAAGCACUUCAGGGGAGUUCCUGCUGAAGAUGCGCACAACAUCCAGACCCACAUGAACAGCUUGGAUUUGCUGGACAAAGCCCAAGCAAAACAAGCCAUAUUGUCUGAACAAAAUAGGAUUUCUCCUCUCCCCACUGGGGUCCUCACCCCUCCACACAGCAGUAAAAAGCAGAGCAGUGGGCAGGGAACAGCAUGACCACACCAGCAUUCUCCACCAAAGACAGUCGUGCGCGGGUGCCGGCUCCAAGUCCUCCUGUGUCUGCUACAGAGGAGGCGAGCAUUAGCUUUUACAGAUGUUUAAAUGGAGGAGCAUCUCUCUUCCACAACAGAAGCAUUUUUGUGGAUGACAUUGGACAGGGAGAAGUGUUUUUUAUUGAAUGCUUAGAUAUUUUUAAUAAGUGGGUCAAGUACACCAGCCACCUCCAGAACACCAAUGAGUGCUCCAAAUGCUGCUAAGGAGGGUGAUACUUGACUUGAUUGACUAUUCACACACAUGACAAAGGCUUGAAGUUUAGGAGUGCCAUGUUGCUGCUGGCCUCCCAUCAGGUGUUCUGGGUUGUGUCCUAUUACAUGGAGCAGGUGGUUGUGAGCAUCGUGAAGCGGAGCCCACAACUGGCUGUGCUGAGGCCUGCCCUCUUUACACUAUCAGUUGACAAUGUAUAAUGCCUUUUAUGAACUAUUGUUUUGUAAGUGCUGCUAUGUCUAUCCCUUUUUUAAUAAAGGUAACACUGUCUUUGAGACAGCUGGUUUAAUGAGCUAUGUCUGGUGAUUUCACUUAGAAGCCAAUUUUGAAUGUGGCUAUAUCAAAUUCUCUUUUUUAACUUCAUGCUUCUUGAAGCUCAAGCAUUGCAAGCAAAUACAAUUAGAAGAAAACUUUUGAACGGAGCCUCACCUUGCACCAGAGCUUCCCCAGUCAGGCUCGCUGGCUGUGGCUGUGGUGUGAAGUCACCUCUGCAAGAGGAUCCUUAGGUAUGAUUUCGUCCCUAGGACAAGUCAAUGGUCUUAAAGAGUAUUUAAUACUCUCUUCAUCCUUAUCCAAAUCUUAGCCUAAGUAUUCUUGUUUGGACAACUAAUUAACAUAAUAGCCAGAAACUACAAAGAAGAAAACAACUCAAAGCCAGUGAUACCCGGUCUGUUCCCACCAUCGAGGGACCACCAAGUGCCUUGCUAGCAGUCACUGUCCUCUUUAAGGCCUAAUGUAUACAGUUCAUAGCCCGUUUUGUUGAACCCUGAGAAGUGGUGGCCUUUCGAGUUUUGUGUCUCACAAUACUUGAGUGUAUGUUUGGGCUCAUAACAAGGGAGGGCAAAUGAGCAAAUACCACUUAUUUUCAGCAUGGUAUUUUAUCUCAUUUCGCGAAAAUCUGUUUGAAGUUGAAAAACAGCCAUUUUAAAUCUGUACCAUAUUUCUAUGAAGUUGGAGAGGGACCCUACUUUCAGAUUGUGAUGUUACAGUUUUGGCAAGUUUUAAUACAAUUUUCUGAAUAAAUGCGUUAUAAAUCUGUGUGUCAUGGUAUUUAGUCAAAUGGUACUUCUAACUA